UACCCUUGGGUCUUGCGGCCCGGGCCGACUCUGCCCGCCGGCUUCCCGCCGUCUCUGCGUCCACGCCUGGACCUCCCGCGCGCUCGCCCAUGGCCGGGAAGAUGCUGUCACUGCUGCCGCCGCUGCUGCUGGCCGUGGCGGGCCUCGCCGGCAUCCUGCUGCUGUGUGUCCACACGCGCGACGUCCGGGACUCGCCCUCCCUCAAGUAUGGCAUCGUGCUGGACGCUGGCUCUUCACACACGUCCAUGUUUGUCUACAAGUGGCCGGCGGACAAGGAGAAUGACACAGGCAUAGUGGGUCAGCACAGCUCCUGCGAUGUUCAAGGUGGGGGCAUCUCCAGCUACGCAGACAACCCAUCUGGGGCUGGCCAGAGUCUUGUCAAAUGUCUUGAGCAGGCGCUUCGGGAUGUGCCCAAAGAGAGACAUGCAGGCACGCCCCUCUACCUGGGAGCCACAGCGGGCAUGCGCCUGCUCAACCUGACCAGUCCAGAGGACUCAGCCCGUGUGCUGGCAGCAGUGGCACAGACACUGGCCCAGUACCCGUUUGACUUCCGAGGUGCACGCAUCCUCUCAGGCCAGGACGAGGGGGUGUUUGGCUGGGUGACUGCCAACUACCUGCUGGAGAACUUCAUCAAGUGCGGCUGGGUGGGCCAGUGGUUCCGGCCGAGGAAGGGGACGCUGGGGGCCAUGGACCUGGGGGGUGCCUCCACACAGAUCACCUUCGAGACAGCCAGUCCAGCUGAGGACCCAGCCAAUGAGGUCCAGCUGCGGCUCUACGGCCACCGUUACCGCGUGUACACCCACAGCUUCCUCUGCUAUGGCCGCGACCAGAUGCUCCAGAGACUGCUGGCCAGUGCCCUCCAGACCCAUGGCUUCCACCCCUGCUGGCCGAGGGGCUACUCUACCCAAGUGCUGCUCCAGGAUGUGUACCAGUCACCAUGCACCGUGGCCCUGCGGCCCCAGGGCUUCGACAGCAGAGCCAGGGUCUACCUUGAGGGGAGGAGCGACCCCACGCUGUGCCGUGACCUCGUCUCCACGCUCUUCAGCUUCUCCUGCCGUUUCUCCCGGUGCUCCUUCAAUGGGGUCUCCCAGCCCCCCGUGGCUGGGAACUUUAUCGCCUUCUCUGCCUUUUUCUACACCGUGGACUUCCUGAGGACUGUGAUGGGGCUGCCCGUGGCCACCCUGCAGCAGCUGGAGGCAGCCGCAGUGACCGUGUGCAGCCAGACCUGGGCUGAGCUGCAGGCUCGGGCGCCAGGGCAGCGGGCUCAUCUGGCCGACUACUGCGCGGGGGCCACAUUCGUGCAUCAGCUGCUGAGCCGGGGCUACGGCUUUGACGAGAGCACCUUCGGCGGCGUGGCCUUCCAGAAGAAGGCCGGGGACACGGCCGUCGGCUGGGCGCUCGGCUACAUGCUCAACCUGACCAACCUGAUCCCCGCCGAACCGCCGGCGCUGCGCAAGGGCACGUAUUUCGGCUCCUGGGUCGUCUUGCUACUGCUCUUCUCCGCAAUGCUCCUGGCCGCGCUCUGCCUGCUGCUGCUCCAGGUGUGCGCCGCCGACGACGACUAGUCGCCAGGCGGCAUCUAGGCGCGGGUGCGUGCCGCUGCCCCACCGCUGCGCCCCACCGCUGCGCCCCACCGCUGCGCCCCACAGCUGCGCCCCGC